AUGUUUCGCUCAAAGGUCCUUCCUGUUUUACAAAAUAUCACAAACAAAAAUUCAUAUAACAUUGAACGUAUUAGAUUAUUUCAACAUACGUUGUUUUCAACUGAUACUAGAGAUUUAGAUGAAACUUUAAAGAGCAAUUCAGAUAUAACCUCAACUGUAACUUCAUAUGAAAAAAAAUCAAAGAAUUUUACAAAACAAAAUAAUGAAUUAGUCAAGAAAUUAAAUGAUGUUUCAGCUGAAUCAUCGAAUACAUCAGAUGAUGAAAAUCAUGAAGUUGACAAACUGUACAAAAAAAUAGAAAUUGAAGUCAGGGGAAAUGAUCGUGCUGUCCUCAAAAGUUAUGGAGAGUUUGCUGUUAUGGCAGCAAACCAUUUAGAUAUUACUGUUAACAGAAAUAUUGAAUUACGGAAACCUAUACAUGAAAGAUUAACAGUACUUAAAUCUAUUCAUGUUCAUAAGAAUCAUCGAGUUCAAUAUGAAACAAGAACAUAUUAUAGAUAUGUUGAUUUCCUUCAUUUAACUGGCUCAACUGCAGAUACAUAUUUAGAAUACAUACAAAGAAAUCUCCCAGAAGGAGUGGCAAUGAAAGUUACAAAGGUGGAAUUACAAACAUUACCAGAUACAGUUGUGCAGGCAAUGUCUCCAGAGUGAUAAAUGUAACAAUUUAUUACUUUGUUAUUACUUUAAUAGA